AUGUUCAGAGUUAAGAGCAAUACAAGUUCUAAAAAUUCGAAUAAUUUGGAGGAUAAUGAACCAGAAGCUGAAGCUUCUGAAUUUAAGGAAACAAAUGAAAUUGAUGACUUAGAAGAAGAGGAAAGAACGAGUCAAAAUGAAGCUAAGGAAACAGAAGUUGAAGUUUCUGAAUUUAAGGAGGCGAAAGAAGUUGAUGAAUUAGAAGAAAAAGAAACACCAAAGUUCGUCUUCAAAUUUCAGUUUCAAACUUACAGAGAGGAAGAUGAGCCUGUUGUCUUGAGUUCGGUGCCUCCUACAAGCACUAACAAGUAUGAGUUCUUGUCAAGGAAGGAUUUCAGUCAUUACUUGGAGGAGCCGGAGGUUAUUAGUCUUUCUGUGAAAGAGUUAUACGCUGAUUCUGAUGGCGAUUCUAUUGCCAAUAAGGCGAUUAUGGAGGAUGGGGUUUUAUCUGAUAAGGACUUUGCAGAUGAAGAAUCAGAAGCGGAAUCUGUCCGUGAGGUAACAGAAGAGAAUUCUGCAGAUAGUGUGCCUAAACAAAACGCUAAAAAGGAGUUCGAGACCGAAACAUUUGUUGAGUUGGAGGCAGAGAAGCUUGAGGCAGAAAAUUGCAUUAAAGAGUCUAGUUCAAGGAAGGGAAAAGCAGUUGUUGUGGAGAACAAUGUGUCGAGUGACGAAGAUGUUUCGAGAGAUGAGGAUGCUCAGUUUCUAUCAGAAAAGGGCUUUGUUCUUUCAGAUUGUGAUUCGGAUUCUAUUGUUUCAAGCCAAGAGUUUAUGAGUCGUUAUGUAGCUUCAGCCAGCGAUGGAUUCUUGUCAGAUACAGAUUUUGAAGGUGCAUUUGAACUUGAUAUUUUGAAGGAUAUUGAUGGACAGACGGUAGAAUCAACUGACGAAGAUUUCGAACUAGAGGAUUUAAAUUUGCGAGAUUUGAAUACUGGUUACGAAGCUGAUGAUUUUGAUGAGGAAGAUAGUGACAUAAUGGAAGAGCUUAAAAAAUGGAAGAGGCUGUGCAGAAUCCAGCCAAGGUAG